UUACAGCAGCAGCUCUCAGCAGAUGCAAACCAAAGAUGAAAGCCUUCGCAAAUUUUCCUCUCACAAACAUCAGCACCUACGUCGCAAUCAUUGUGAUUUUCAUUCACAAUAAUGUGCUUCACAAGAAAUUCGAGUGCACCUGCGAAGGACUAACUGGUGUCUGCUGGUUAUACAUGAUUCUGCCUUGUGUUAUGUUAUUUAUUUUACAACUCUGGAUAGAUAAGAGAUUUCAGCGAGCCAUGGCAUACACAUUUUGCUGUGUAAAACGUUGCUAUAUUUGCUGCAUUUUCUUGCAUCACAUUAUGAAGGCAGUUUUCAUCGGUCUGCUGUGGGCUGUAUCUGUGUUAAUCGAUGGAGAAUGGUAUGUUUGCUGUUGGAACGAUCAGUCUGAAGAACAGAAGCAGUUAGCCUGUAAUGGCAAUCGCUGGUAUGGAGGAGAACACAAAACCAUCGCUGAACUGAAAGACAAGUCCUGGGUUUUUGGCAUGAUUUUGAUUGGAAGUGCCCUUUUGUUGGCUUCCAUAACGUCAGCAUGUGGAUGGAUGCAUUGCUGUGACAGAAACAUUGGAUUUUCCAAAAUUAUUUUGGACGAAGAGAAAAAUGUAAUGAAAAAGAUUUUGAUAAAAGCAGCACAACAAAAGCUGACUGAAAAAAUCAGGGAGAAAAGAGAUUCUAAUGGACGAUGGGAAGACUGUUUUGAUGUUGCUAAAGAACUGAUUGAAAAAGGUACUGCACCAGAAUUUCCUGAAUCAGCAGAUGAAGAGCAUUAUCGCUUCACAACUUUGGUCCAGACAGCUGCAGCAACAGCCGGAGCCACAGCCGGAUUAACACGCAGCGAAAAAACUGAUGCAGCAGUCGAAACAGCAGUCGCAGCAAUCGAAGCAGUAAACCAGCAAUUGCCCGAGGAAGAUACCAAAAAACUUGUCACAGCAGUAGCCAAGGAAAUAAACUCAGCAGCAGACAAAACAGUAGCCAGAGCAGCAGCCGGAGCAGCAACCGGAGCAGCAGCCGGAGCAGCAGCAGCAAAAGAAGCAGCCAGAACACUAAGAUAAGCCACCACAGCAACACAGGUCUGAGAUAACUAGUCAGCUAAUUGGCUAGCUCACCAUCAGCAGUUGUCCAUCUCACAAUUGCUGAUUGGUUUUAUUGCUUGCACAAGUUCACUAUGGUUGUAAUAAUAUUUAUAUAUAUAUAUAUAAAUAUUAAGGCAUUUUCUCAUUGUGUCAUGUCAGUAAAUAGUUCUUAUAAACCUUUACAAUGUGCUUCAUGGACUAGUGCCUUGCUAGUUCAAAGGGACAAUGUGACGUCUCAAAUAAAUAAAUAAAUUAAUACUUUGAUAGUGACUGGUGAAAUUGAUCUAAGUCAUGACAGAAGCAGUUCCUCAUAUAAUCACUUCCUUUUAAGUGAUUGUGUGACAAAAUAAAAACCUGAGAAAGUUUUUUGUAGCAAUGCUUUAUUGGGGGGGGGGGGGGGGGGGGUGCAAUGGAAACAUGAAUUACAAGGACAAAAUAUUGUCUAUAAUACUUCACUCAGUUUAAUUUCGUUGCAAGAAGAUAUAUUACUAUGAUUGCUGUAGACCAGGGAUAUUCAAUUACAAAUUCAAUUGGGCCAGAUUUUAAAACCAGGACACAGAGAUGGGCCGGACAUUUUCUCAGGAGUUGGGAUCACUAAGUUUUAUUGACUCACUUCUAUUGGUAAUCCUUAUUGGUUCAGUUCUUUAUCGAUGCUCUUAUCAGUCCUAUUUAACUAAUUGCAUAUAUAUUCUUUUAAAAAAAUGUUGUUUCUAGAGCAGCAACAGGAUUUACAGCAGAAAGGUCACUAAUAUCUCACUGGAAACAAAUUUAACAUGUCAUUAAAAUAAAUAUUACAUAUUCAUGACC